AUGGCGCGUGCAGAGGGCAGCAGGGUGCACGGGGCGCACAGGGCAGCAGGGCGCACAGGGCAGCAGGGCAGCAGGGCGCACAGGGCUGCAGGGCAGAAGGGCGCGCGGGGCAAACAGGGCAGCAGGGCGCACAGGGCUGCAGGGCAGCAGGGCGCACAGGGCUGCAGGGCAGCAGGGCGCGCGGGGCAAGCAGGGCUGCAGUGCACGCAGGGCGCGCAGGGCAGCAGGACAGCAGGGCGCGCAGGGCUGCAGGGCGCACGGGGCGCAGCAGGGCUGCAGGGCGCGCGGGGCGCGCAGGGCAGCAGCAAGGGCUGUAGCGGCAACAGCAAGGGCUGUAGCGGCAGCAGCAGGGCAGCAGGGCGCACAGGGCUGCAGGGCAGCAGGGCGCACAGGGCUGCAGGGCAGCAGGGCGCGCGGGGCGCGCAGGGCUGCAGGGCGCACGGGGCGCACAGGGCUGCAGGGCACGCGGGGCGCACAGGGCAGCAGGGCAGCAGGGCGCACAGGGCUGCAGGGCAGCAGGGCGCGCGGGGCAAACAGGGCAGCAGGGCGCACAGGGCUGCAGGGCAGCAGGGCGCACAGGGCUGCAGGGCAGCAGGGCGCGCAGGGCUGCAGUGCGCGCAGGGCGCGCAGGGCAGCAGGACAGCAGGGCGCACAGGGCUGCAGGACGCGCGGGGCGCACAGGGCAGCAGGGCGCGCGGGGCGCAGCAGGGCUGCAGGACGCGCGGGGUGCGCAGGGCAGCAGCAAGGGCUGUAGCGGCAACAGCAAGGGCUGUAGCGGCAGCAGCAGGGCAGCAGGACGCACAGGGCUGCAGGGCAGCAGGGCGCACAGGGCUGCAGGGCAGCAGGGCGCGCGGGGCGCGCAGGGCUGCAGGGCGCGCAUGGCGCGCAGGGCAGCAGGACAGCAGGGCGCGAGGGGCAAACAGGGCAGCAGGGCGCACAGGGCUGCAGGGCACACAGGGCUGCAGGGCAGCAGGGCGCGCAGGGCUGCAGUGUGCGCAGGGCGCGCAGGGCAGCAGGACAGCAGGGCGCGCAGGGCGCGCAGGGCUGCAGGGCAGCACAGGGCUGCAGAUCCCCUCCCCCCCACCGCUGCACCCGCAGCAGGGGGAUGGAGGAGAACAGGGGUGGAGGAGAAAGGAGGGGGGCGGGGGGGGCUGGUGCUGCAGAUCCCCUCCUGCCUCCCUCUGA